GUGGCUGCAUUCUAACACAGGCAGAAAAACAGCAGCAACUUUCCUUUCAGGUGUAAUCUUUAAGAAAAGAAAAAGAGGAGGUCUGUGUUAGAAUGGGCUGGGGAAGCGGUGGUAUAUUUUUAUUGGGCAUGCUAAUUAGGUGAAUUAAGGGGGCUUUUGAUUACUGGACUUUAAUACUUUGAUAGCUGGUCUUUGGUAGUCAGCCUCAGGAGGAGGAAGUGGCCAAAUAAGGAUGGCUAGCUUUAGGAAUGUAAUCUAACGGUUUUUUGUUUGUUUGUUUGUUUUUGUUUUGUUUUAGCAAGGCAGAAGGAAUAGAAAAGAAGGGCAAGGCCUGCCAGAGCCAUCCAUGGACACCAUGCUCCAGGCAGCCGGAAUCCCUUCAAUAUCAAUAACCACUGAAAGUAAAAAUCAAUACUCCAAUGAUAGAGGAGAGUCAGCAUUUUCAGCUUGUCCACUUCUUAAUACGCCCGAGGGGUCCUGAGGUGACAGCGCCUGGAAGUGCGACGGGAGGAGCCGGAGGAGGAGGAGAUGGACAGGGCCAGGCCUGGGCGUCGGCGAUCUUCGGCCGAAAUUGUCACAGAGGGAAAAAGAAAAAAGUCAUCACCAGCUGAUUUACAGGAGAUAACAAAGUUGUUAGCUGUGAAGUCAGAGGAUGUUCUUGCUCAGCCACCGUUGUCCCAGCUCAGAGGCUCAGAGUGCUGGAAGCUCCCGAAGGGGUGGACAAGAAGCCUAAGAAAUAAAGUCAUCUGUCUAGACCACAAAAACAAAAAAGGUGUCCAUGGGCAUCCUGUCACUUCUAAGGCAACACCAGAAAGGCAUCUCAGAGUUAUGUUGACGAAUGUUCUAUGGACGGAUUUAGGACGAAAAUUCAGAAAGACCCUACCUAGAAAUGAUGCUAAUUUAUGUGAUACCAGCAAGGUGCAAUCAGACUCAUUGCCUUCGACAUCUGUUGACAGCAUAGAGACAUGUCAAAAAUUAGAUCCUCUUCACCAAAGCCUUAAUUUAUCUGAAAGGAUACCCAGAGUUAUAUUGACGGAUAUCCUGCGAACGGAGUUAGGAAGAAAAUACUUAAAGAUCCCAUCUAUAACUGAGGCCAGUUUGAGUGAUACAGCCAACCUGAAGUCAGAGCAACUUUCUUCAUCAUCUGAUGGCAGCUUAGAGUCUUGUCAGAAUGUAAAUCAUCACAAGAGCUUUUUAUCUGAAAGAGGCUCAAAACCAAGUAAGACAGAUAACGUUUCUGCAAAGCAGACUCCAUGUGUGAAAGAAAAGCACAGAGCUGAUAGUGGUGUUUCUGUUACAUCUGAUACUCAGCCCAAAGACGUUAAUAGUGGAAAUAAAGGUUGUGACUAUCUUGAAGAGGGGACCAGAAACAAGAACGCUUCACAUUCUUGUUCAGAAAUGGAAUACACUCCAGUUUCGAGGAAGAGAAAGAAAAGAGUUAGAAGUAAUAUACAUGAUUCUCAUAAUUCUAAAUCUUCUUUGGAUAAGUCACCAGAAUAUACAAAAGAAGAAGAAAAUGACUCAACGCUUUCCAGUAAGCUUGAGCAGUCAAGUGACAGCUGUCAUGAGGACCCAGCACCCCCCGAGGGACCCACACCUGAACCUGCAGAGAGUGAGGCUGCCAGUGUGUGCUCACUUGCUGUUCAGGAGUCAGGUGUCACCGCUGCCUCUGGAAUGACCUGUUCACCCACCCGAAGCUCGGAGAGCUCCGUUUCUCACAACGAGGUGGAGGGCUCUUCCCAGGCUGAGAAGGACGAGGAGCUGACUGUGAAAGAGAAGUCUCUUGUAGGUGGAAACAGUGAAGAGAACCAGUUGUUGAUCUCAGCUGAACCAAUUGUUGUUUCCAGUGAUGAAGAAGGACCCAUUGAACACAAGAAUUCAGCUAUUCUGAAGUUACAGCCUAGUCGAGAUUAUGAGAUUGCAAGUGAACAUCAGGGUCCUUCUGAAGCACAGUUGUCAGAGCUACCCCUGAGUGCAUACGAGUCUGUACAGACAUCAUCUGAAUUCUGUCCAUACAAUCCUGACAUGGAAAACAUUUCCUGUAUUAUACCUAACAGUGAAAUGGAUCUGAAACUGGAUUUUGUAUUUACUUCUGUGUAUAUUGGUAAAAUAAAAGGAGCUUCAAAAGGUUGUGUCACGUUCACAACGAAGUAUAUUAAAAUCCCAUUUCAAGUGUCCAUGAAUGAGAUUUCACUAUCAGUGGACACCACACACUUAAAGAGGUUUGGGUUAUGGAAAAGCCAGGAUGAUGAUCACAGUAAGAAGAGCCAGGCUAUCCUUUUCCUCUGGGUUUCCUCGAAGUACCUUCAAGAGAUUCAGACCCAGUUAGAAAACCCCAUAUUAAGCCAGCAAUCAAAAGCCGGUGAAUUCAUUUUCCUUGAGUUAAAAAGUUCCAUUUCACAAACAGAAGAAUUGAAAUUGAAAGAUAUUAUGAUGGAAAUAAGUACGACCAAUGGAGAAUCGGAACUCUCUUACCCAUUGUCUUGGGUUCAGGCGUUUCCUUUGUUCCAGGACUUCUCUCCAAAAGAAAGCUCUUUCAUUCAUUAUUACUGUACUUCCACUUGUUCUUUCACCGAUACAGCUGCUGCUGAUACGGAAUCGAAGAGGAAGUCACUGUCUCAGCUCUCCAAUACAGAGACCAUCAAGCCUACGUACACUUUCCUGCAGAAACAAAGUAGUGGUUGCUACUCACUUUCUAUUACUUCAAGUCCAGACGAAGAAUGGCGAGAAGUCAGGCACACCGGACCCGUUCAGAAGUUGAUUGUUUAUCCUCCACCACCUACCAAGGGGGGCUUGGGAGUAACUAAUGAAGAUUUAGAGUGUUUAGAAGAAGGAGAAUUUCUUAACGAUGUAAUCAUUGACUUUUACCUUAAGUAUCUUCUACUGGAGAAAGCAUCAGAUGAACUUGUUGAACGAAGUCACAUUUUUAGUAGCUUUUUCUAUAAAUGCUUGACAAGAAAGGAAAAUAAUUUAACAGAAGAUAAUCCAGAUCUCUCAAUGGCUCAGAGGAGACAUAGAAGAGUAAGAACAUGGACUCGUCACAUAAACAUUUUUAAUAAAGACUACAUCUUUGUACCUGUAAAUGAGUCGUCUCACUGGUACCUCGCAGUCAUUUGUUUUCCAUGGUUAGAAGAAGCUGUGUAUGAAGAUUUUCCACAAACUGUGUCCCAACAGUCUCAGGAUCAGCAGUCUCAGCAGAACAGCAAAACAACAGACGGUGAUCUACAUACCGCUUCAACAGUGUCUUCGAGUGCACAGGAGUCCCAGAGUACCGAGAUGAAUAUGUCAGUACCAAAGAAAAUGUGUAAAAGGCCGUGUAUUCUCAUACUAGACUCCUUGAAAGCUGCUUCUAUACAAAACACAGUUCAGAAUUUACGAGAGUAUUUAGAGGUAGAGUGGGAAGUUAAGCGAAAAACUCACCGUGAAUUCAGUAAAACCAACAUGGUAGACCUGUGCCCUAAAGUCCCGAAGCAGGAUAAUAGCAGCGACUGCGGAGUCUAUUUAUUGCAGUAUGUGGAAAGCUUCUUUCAGGACCCCAUUGUUAACUUUGAACUCCCAAUCCACUUGGAGAAAUGGUUUCCUCGCCAUGUAAUAAAGACCAAGCGGGAAGACAUUCGUGAGCUCAUUUUGAAACUUCAUUUACAGCAACAGAAAGGCAGCAGUAGCUAGUUAAUCCGCAGGCACGGCGCAUGCUCUCUAAGCUUGCUGGAAAGCCGCUUAUCAGCAUUUGUGUCAGCUUACCGAGAAGGAAGGAACUUGCGGUCGUCCAUAAAUUGUUGAAAUGUAUAUGGUAUCUUGUUUGAGUCGUUGGGCUCUCACAGCUGAAGGUGUCAUAGAAGCACUUAUAGAAAUUAAAAUUUCAUAAAUAUAUUUUUAUGAUGAAAUAUGCUUGGAUUAUGCAAUAGCAUAUGUAAUGUGGGAAUGUUUUCAUAAGUAAUAAAACUAUGUGAUCAGUACUUCCACAUGACUGGGUGUUGAUGGGAGUUAGGUUCUCCCCGGUGCCAGCCCAGCACUUGUCAAGUUUGUUGACAAGUCACAUCAUAUUGUAAUUCUCUUCUUUGCAGCUCAAGCAUGCAGUAUGAAUACUGUGUAUUUUUUUAAAAAAGGAACUUAGUAUCAAGGCUUCAGAAAAUGCCAUUCACGGCAUCCCUUCUGUAUAGUGUGAAAAAAGAAUACCAUUAGAUAAAAAUGUACCCUUUCAAAGUGCAGCUUAUUAUUCUCAGUUGCUAAAUGCAAUUACUCUGCUCGGAUCCCCUCCUCCUCCUCCUCCUCCUCCUCCUCCUCCUCCUCCUCCUCCUCCUCCUCCUCCUCCUCCUCCUCUCUCAGUGUCAUAAACAGAGGUCUGAGACGUGAGCUCAUUUGUUCAGAUAAAGCGUGGAACAAGUUUUAAGUACCAAAUAAGUUCUAAAAAAUGAUGUAGCUAAGCUUUGUUUAUUUGAGGUACAGCUAUAUAAAUACUCAUUCCUACAUUACCCCAGAUUGUGUGUAUACAGUUUCUAUAAAAGAUAAAAUUGGUGUCCUCCUAAUUUUAACAGAGUACCUUUAAACUUCUAUUUAUUAUUUAGAACCAAAUACGUAAUUUUAUACCUUGGUUACCCACUGUUCAUCUGCAAAGCCAGAUUUCUCAUUUCUUUUAUAAUUUUAAGUUAUAGUUUUUAAAGAUGUAUGAUUCCCCCAGGGAUCUCACACAUACAGCGCCUAAUAUUUUAUUAAAUAUUCAGGUAACAGUUCUACUGAAUUUAUGUGAUGAUGGUGGUGUUAUCUAUUAAACAUUUUAGAGUCCUAGGCUAUCAGAAAUAUUUUGAGGGAGACAAUGAUCUUACUGUUUUCUCAGAUAAUGGGUUUUAGAAUAUUUUGUUAAACAUCUCUUGGAUUUAGUUAGAACUCUGUGUAAAGCAUUUGAAACAAAGGCAAAGUAAGAUAAAACUAGGAAGUGACUUGGGGUUGUCAGUCAGCCUUAGUGUCCCCAGUUUCUGUUGACCUUGUCUCUCUCUCUCUGCACAGUUCAAGAUACAUGGCUUUUGGAGAUUUCACAUGGCAGUGGUUAUUAAUUGCAUCUUUCAUUCCCAAUUGGUGUGUGUUGGGGAGAAACUUUUUUUUUAAAGUGGCUGUUAAUUGUUUUGUACAUCAAAUUUUGGAAAGCCAGUAUAUAAGAUACCUUGUAAUUACUGAACUUUUUUGUUUGUGUGUUUUUCAAAGAUACCACUGUCCUUCAUCAUGUUUUGGAGACUGUUUAAAAUUUGUUUUCCUAAAUUCAUGUAGAAAUAAUGAUUUGAGGAUGUCAACAUUUUAUAUUAAACAUGUUUUCAAUUCAUUAAA